AAUAAAAAUUGGAACAGCCUCGUUGCCGCUUAAAGUCUGGCACUGACUUGCAGAAGGAGCAACAGCAGACAGCAUGAGACUCACGUUGGCCUGGCUCAGCGUCUGCCUGGCGAUUUAUUGCGGCGGUGGCCAUGGCCAUGGCAAUGUGGUCCUAUCUCUGCCACCAUCGCUUAUCGCCACGGCCACGAAGGCGGCCUUGAGCCAACAGCAGCAGCAGCAGGAGCAGCAGUCGCCGUUGCAGCAAUCCCUGCAAUUGCCGCAACAGAAAAAGGAUGCACGCGUCCUGUUCGACAUGCUGCCCAACUCUCCAGCAGUGAAUUUGGAAUCGCGGACAAUGUCUGAGGAUUUUAAUCGAAAUGCAGAUGAUUUAGGGGACCGACAAUCAGCGCCGCAGGAAAUUGUACCAGAAUUGGGCUUUGGUGUUGGUGGCUUUAGUGCCACACCUUCUCAACGCUAUUGGAACAACCGGUGCCAGGGUCGAGCUGGUGCAUCCGCCAAGUGUCCGCAGGAGUAUUAUCGCACCAUGCUGGCCGCCAGGAACAAAGAGGCCCUUGCACGCCUACACUUGCAACUGAGUUCCAUGCAGGAUUCGGAUUCUGAGAAUAAUUCCUCCGAUUCCGAGGAGAAUGACACGGAUGAUGAUGAGGAUGAGACCAGCAAUGAGGUCUUUAUGCUUUUGACGGGUGAACAGGAUCUCAUCAAGUUUUUACACUGGGCCAUGCAACUUCUAUAUCCUAUGCAACGUUCUCCUGGUAAUUUGAGUGAUGGAGCAGCGGAAAACUAUUAUCCAGGCAUGUUUCUUUGGAAGAAACUAAAUCUAUCUGGUCAUUUGGAACCUCCACUUAUUGUAGAUGAGCCACAGUAUGUGUUAGUGCGCAGGGAGAAGCUAUUCGAUGGCUAUCAAUGGGGAGAUGAGGUUAGUCAGGAAAGUGAUCCCUUUAUACCCCGUGGUCGCAAGCACAACUCUCCGGAUCUGGACGCCUUGAUGAAUCGCUAUGAACCCUUUGUACCAAAUCGUGGAAAACGCGACAAGGUCAAGGAUCUAUUCAAGUAUGAUGACCUCUUCUUUCCGCAUCGUGGUAAAAAGCAUCGCAACCUGCUGUCCAUAGCAGACGAUCCCUUCUUUGCCACCCGGGGCAAGAAGCUACAGCUCCGGGAUCUCUAUAAUGUUGACGAUCCGUUUGUACCGAAUCGCGGCAAACUUCUGGGGGAUGACAACAACAGGCCGCAAAGAAUGUCAACGCAUAAAAUUAAUGGUUACGAUCAAUCAGUCAGGCCAUCACUGUCAAUGGAGGAUGCACUGGCUCCUUCUUCUUCUUCUUGGCGACUGGCCGCUAAUAGAUUGCACCCAACAAGAUCAAUGUCAAGUGCCGAUCAUCAGCAACAGCAGUUGCAGCAACAGCAAUUGCUGAUGUUGCCCCAACAACAUGUCCGCUUCAUUGGCAAUCCCAAUCACAUGCGCCAGCAGGUGAAAACAUCCUCCUCUUCGGGCUCCUUGGCUCCUUGGACAACGUCUGGCGUUGGUGGCGAACGCCUAAGGAGAUCUUUGCCCACAAGACACAAUUAACGCAAUCGCACACUCUAGCUAAUCCAUUGGUAAACUUCGGACAUGGACACUGAUUUGGACAAUUUGAACAUUUA